AUGUCACCUACCUUCCAAGGGCCCAAAACACUGCGGUUCAGAAGGCAGCCCAAAUAUCCUCAGAAGAGCACCCCUAGGAGAAACAAGCUGCACCUUUAUACCAUCAUCACCACCGAGGUGACCAUGAAGAAGAGAGAAGACCACAGCACACCUGUGUUCAUUGUAGAGGUCAAGGCCAACGAGCACCAGAUCGAACAGACUGUGAAGAGGCUCUAUGACGUGGCCAAGGUCAACAUCCUGACCAGGCCUGAUGGAGAGAAGAAGGUAUAUGUUCACCUGGUUCCAAACUGUGAUGCUUUGGAUGUUGCAGACGAAAUUGAAAUCACCUAA